AGUUUUGAAGGUACCAUUGUGUGGGAAAGCCAGGAUCUUCAGGGCCUUGUUUCAAGAAACCUUCAUAAAGUGAUGGUGAAUGAUGGAGGGGGUGUUUUCAGAGUCAUUACAGCAGGGGAAGGGUCACUGCCACAUGAACUCACAGAAGGUGUGGAGGGAAUAGCAGGUGGUUUUAUCUACACUAUUCAAGAAGGUGAUGCCCUUUUAAAAAGCCUCCAUACUCGCCCAGAAAGGUUUACAAGUCAUAUAAAAAAUCUUGAAAAAGAAGAUGCUUUGUUGAAGGAAGAAAGCAGUACCUAUGACGAUAUUGUUUUUGUAGAUGUUAUUGACACUUACAGAAAUGUUCCAGCGAAACUGCUGAACUUCUACCGAUGGACAGUUGAGUCGACGAGUUUUGAUUUGUUGCUGAAGACAGAUGAUGACUGCUACAUUGAUUUGGAGGCUGUUUUUAACAGGAUAAUGCAGAAAAAAUUGGACAGGCCAAACAUUUGGUGGGGAAAUUUCAGACUAAAUUGGGCAGUUGAUCGAACUGGGAAAUGGCAAGAGCUGGAGUACCCGAGCCCUGCAUAUCCAGCCUUUGCUUGUGGGUCCGGCUACGUCAUCUCCAAAGACAUUGUUCAGUGGCUGGCAAGCAACUCUGAAAGAUUAAAGACGUACCAGGGUGAAGAUGUGAGUAUGGGCAUCUGGAUGGCAGCUGUAGGACCCAAGCGGUAUCAAGAUAGUCUCUGGUUGUGUGAGAAGACAUGUGAGAGUGGCAUGCUGUCUUCCCCCCAGUAUUCUCCCCAGGAACUGAGAGAGCUCUGGAGAUUGAAGGAACUGUGUGGAGAUCCUUGUAGAUGUGAGGAAAGAUGAUGGACUUGCCUUGGAAAACAGGGUAGCGUAUAAUGACCAUGGAAAAGUGUACAUUUGGAUUCAUUCUUGGAACAAUAAGGAAUAUUAAGGUAUCUUUUAAUGUUGGCUUUCAACUAAAGCAUAACAAUAUUUGCACAUCCCUUUUGAUAAUGACAAGUGGACUGAUGAUAGUAUUCAUUUUCUAUAGUAUAGAUGUUGAUCUGACAAAAACCAAAAUGUUUAAGAUAAAAAAAAUUUCCUUUUUAUAUAAAGUCAAAGACCUACUUGUAAUUAAUAAAUGCACAUAAGAAUGCCAACUAGCCUGUCUUUUGUAAAUGAAAGUACUACUGAUAUAACUCGGCAUAGAGCCGUACCAGGAUCCAGUGGAGAGCUGUGCUCAGCACCAGGGCGUCUGGUAAGUCUUGCUGCAACAGGU